GGUACUCGCCCGGAGCCAUGCCCAGGAUCACGCUGAACGGCAUCACGGUGGACUUCCCCUUCCAGCCCUACGCCUGCCAGGAGGCCUACAUGGGCAAGGUGCUGGAGUGCCUGCAGAGGAAGGUAAAUGGCAUUUUGGAGAGCCCGACAGGCACAGGAAAGACCCUCUGCCUGCUGUGUUCCACUCUGGCUUGGCGGGAACACUUUAAAGAUACCAUCUCAGCCCGCAAAAUUGCACAGCGCAUGAACGGGGUGGAACUCUUUCCUGACAGACCCCUGUCAUCCUGGGGCAAUGCUGCCACAGAUGGUGAUGUCCCAACGUAUUACACUGACGUUCCUAAAAUAAUUUACGCCUCCCGAACUCACUCCCAACUUACGCAGGUCAUUAACGAGCUAAAGAACACAGUCUACAGGCCAAAGAUAUGUGUUUUGGGUUCCAGAGAGCAGCUUUGCAUCAAUCCUGAAGUGAAGCGACAGGAGAGCAACCACAUGCAGAUCUACAUGUGCCGAAUGAAAGUGAUGGCUCGUGCUUGUCAUUUCUAUAACAAUGUGGAGGGUGAGUUUGGCUGCAGAA